AUGAAGAAGACCUUCCAAGUGCUCGGGAUUGUUCCCUCCAGCAAGUCGACCCGCCGACUGAUGGUCCUGAUGCACGACGCCUCGACCCCGCCUUCGCAGGCGCCAGCGCUCGCACGAGCCGCCCAAAGAGCGGUGCGAAACGACGCAGCCCCGGCCUCCAAUGUGAUUCGAGUCAUUAUGGAUGGUCCUGGAUCACCCAGAGGUCCUGUACAGACCGCGCUGCGCAAGCACUUUGGAUUGGCCGAGACGCCGUUCAUGUUCGCGCGGCCCGAGGGCGUCGUGCUUGACCCCGAGGUCGAGAAGCUUUUCUCGAAAUGCGUGAAGCUGAACCCGAUUGUGACGAAAGCCACGAAGAGGUUCCCGAUCGCUCGUCACAUGUACGAGCUUGUAUUCGAAUCCGAGCAAGCUUGUCUUGAAGCCGCUUCAGCGGGCCCAUUCCCCUACCACGGCAAGGAGAUGGUUACCGAGCUCCCCAGCGCCUCUCCCCUUAACCACGUCGUGCAGGUGCGAUUCACCUUGCCCUCCUCCUCCAGCGCGAUCCCCGCUUCCGUGCUCCGAAAAUCUCUCGAUGAUGCUAUCACCCUUUCGUUCGGCCGCGCAGGUCGCACGCAAGGUUAUACCCUGAUGCAAUUACAGCGGGGCCUCGCGGUUGAUCCGAAUGGCGAUCCGAUGGCCAUGACCGAAGACGGGUUCCACUGCGCGUACCUUCGCUUACAUGCUGAUCUUUUCCAAGGCUCCAUCGAGACGCAGAAGGCCGCGCUCAACGCCGCUUUGCCACAAGAGAUCGAGAUCCUGGGCGCCAAGUACGGCUUGCGACACGAAUUCGAGACGCACUACUGCGCGGUGUGCGAUCGCGCCGGACACCAGUGGGGCGCUUGCAGGAAGCCGGUUUCGACUCCGGCCACCGCCGCCCCUGUUCCGGGGGCCUCGACCUCGACUUCGACUUCGACCACCGGCUUCCGAGUUGCUGGAAAGAAUGGGAAGCACGUAACCGCCAACAAGGACGACGCGAACGACGGCGACGACGAGUCGGUCGUUUCGACCGAACCGGAGGGCGGCGACACUGGGGAAGAGAUGUCGACGUGUGCGACCCUGGGCUCAACAAAGGAGACGCAGACGACGACGGCGGCGCCCGUUUCGACCCCGACCUCUCCUUCGCCUUUGUCCGGUGGCACGUCGGGAUCAUCGGCAACCUCGACAACCUCGAUAGCCUCGACGAGUCCUCGACGCCUUCGUUCGAGCUCGGCACCCGGCAACCGACGUGUCACCCGGGCGGGAUCCGCCAUGAUCCUCGGUGCAUCAGGGGGUGAUGGCUCAGGGGGCAACAGUUCAGGGGGUCACAGGUCCGAGGUGACCGAAUUCGAGGGGGGCGGCGCUGAACUGAUUUAAUCAUGAUUGAGUCACUCACCGUGUUGACGUUCAACGUCCGAUCGAUGAAGAACGCAGUCAACCAAGUCAAAAUCAUCCGUUAUCUCAAAACCCUUCGGCCGGCCCCUGCGGCCAUCCUCCUGCAAGAGCACCACCUCAGCUACAACGCGUCGCGCGAAGGCUUCGAGAGUGCUUGGCCGGGGGCUUGUAUUCGUUUCACUCCUCAUGUCCUUACCCUCAUACCCGAUGGCUCACCUUUGGCGGGCCAUCUCCUUUCCUCUACCCCGGUCGUCUUUGCAGGAGCUCCUCGUUUCGACGGUCGGAUUCUGCGCUCGGUGUUUCGUCUUGAGGAGCUCGAUGUCGAGAUCAUCAACAUGUACGCGCCGGUGCAGGAGGACGAUCGUCGCGACUUUUUCGGGCUUCUGCACUUCAACGCCCCGAGACCCAAGAUUCUUCGGAUCUUGGCCGGCGAUCUCAACGAUUGUCCGGAUGUAUCGGUCGACCGAGUGUCCAUCACCGAUCGCGCUUGGACUCCUGUAUCGCACUGGCAGACCUUGCUGUCAAAGAUCGCGUUCAAGGCACUCGACACGGUCCGAUAUGUCCAUCCUUGCACCCCUGCAUUCACUCGUCCUCACUACCGUGGUAGAGGGGAAGAGCGAAAGAUUUGCUCGUGGUCGCGGAUCGACUAUAUUCUUGUCCAAUGCAGUUGGGCGAACCGGUUGUUGAGCGCUUCUACGCUCUUCGAUGCGCCCUGUUCGGACCACAGACCUGUAGUUGCGACUUUCGCUUUGCCUACAUCGAACACUGAUGCCGAACCCCCCCUUUCUCUUCCCUCCACGAGCGAUUUCAUUUCGAGGCUCAACCCAAUGGUCUUUGACGAUCAAGACUUUGUCGCAUCGAUUCCCGGGGUCGUCGACGAGGUCUAUCGAAGGCUCGAGGGGACCGCUCCGCUCGGCGACGUCUAUGACGCCGCUCUGCGGGCGGUUGCAGUCGCUGGCCAUGCACGAUACCGCUCGACUCGUGCCGACAUGCGCCGACUGCGGGCCGAGAGCCAAUCCGUCAUGGAGGCUUUGGAGGCACGCGGUGAGCACAUGAAUGAGGCCGAGCGCGAUGUGUAUGCUCUUGCCAAGUCGCGGUUGGACCAGUUGGCGGUAAAGGAGGCUCAGUGGCUGCGCAUUCGUGCGCAUGUGCCGUCAGUCGACUCGAGGGAAGGUCAAUCGGCAAGCAUUCGCACGCGCCUCAACCGCCGGAGUCGCCAGACGAGCAUCGUCUCGCUGGAGGAUGUGGAUGGCACCGAGACCGUUGACAUGCAGGAGGCGCUGGGUAUUGCUUCACGGCACGCGCAGUCGCUCUUCACGCCGGACCCAGCUCGUGGCGACCCGACGAACGCACACCGGUCCCUGCUCGACCCUAUUCGCGCAGCGAAAUGCUACGAUGACGACCGCUCGGACCCUACGUUCGGUCGUCGGCUGCCUCGUCAAGCGAGAGUGGCGCUUGACGAGCCCUUCACCCUCCUCGAGGUUGAAGCGGCGUUGAAGAAGACGGAUUCGGGGCGAUCACCGGGGCCCUCGGGCAUUCCGUACGAGCUCUUCAAGGCGCUGCCAACCUACUUUGCUCCCAAGCUGUUGGACUUGUUCAACUCGAUUUGGGAGGGCGGCAAAAUGACGGCGUCCUUGGCAGAGGGGCUGGUGCGGCUCUUGCCCAAGAAUAAACCGGGGGCCAAUCUGAAAUCACUGGGGGCAUACCGACCGAUCACAUUGCGCGAGACGACCUACAAGGUCCUCAGCAAGGUCUUGGUGGCGCGACUCAAUGGGGUGCUCGGCGAGCUUUUACCGCCGGCGCAACACGGUUUCAUGCCAUCAAGACGUUCAGCGGACGCGGGAAGUCAUCUCACUCUCCUUCUCGAAAAACUCAAGUCGCUAGGCACUGAUGUUUUCCCCGAGGGCGCCCUCUUGUCUUUGGAUCAGCAGAGCGCGUACGAUCGGGUCGAUCACGCCUGGAUCUUCGAGGUCUUUGAGGCCUUUGGGUUCGGUGAGCGUUUCAUCUCGCUGCUGCGCGCUCUCUACGAUCCCGAGACUCUGGGGGUGCGCUACCUUGUCAAUGGGUUCCCCACGGACUUGGUGCGGUUGCUGUGUGGUCUCGGUCAGGGGGAUCCCCUCUCGUGCCCGGUUUGGAACAUCACGUUCCAGCCCUUCCUCGACGCCCUCGUUCGGCGCGGGAUCGCGCUCGACCUGCAGAAGGUGUGGCCAGGGGGGCCGCGUGCGCAGCUUACGCAUCUGGCGUUUGCCGACGAUGCUGUGGUGGUGGUGGAGUCACCGGCGGCAUUGUCGAAGCUGCAAACGCUGUCGCAGACGUGGUACGAGGCUACCAACGGGAAGACCAACACGGACAAGACGCUGGUGCUACCACUCGGACCGAACUGGCUUCGGGACGAGACUGCGCAGGCGCUGCCAACGGUGCAGGAGGGGGAGAGCUUCAAGUGGUGCGGCUAUGCCUUCUUUCGCCACGGUGACUCGAAACUGUUCUGGACCCAUGUUCUUGACAGGAUCAAGGCCAAGGCCCGCGCCGCUCGAGACCGGACACUUUCGCCGAGUGGGAAGGUUUUCUAUGCCAACGCUCACAUCAUCUCGACGGUCCUCCACGUGCUGUCCUUCGACAUACCGCCUCAAUGGUUCAUUAAGGCGGCGGAGACGGCACUUACGGACUUUGUCUGGGGAGGAGCAGGGCGAAAUACCGUCGCUCGCGAUUUCGUGUUCCAGGCUCGGGAGGACGGUGGCUUGGGUUUGAUUUCGAUUGGCGACAUCGUUCAUUCGGUGGCGCUUCGAUUUUGGGAUGCUGUGGCGGGCUCGGACGAGGCGAUCUGGGCGCCCCUAGCUCGCGAGAGCUGGAGGUCCCUCGUCGCUGCGACCCGCGAUUUCAGUCCGUGGGGGUUCUUCAGCAGCACGGCUCGGGUCGAGAAGCUGUAUCGCGACUCGACGCGCUGGGGGGCAGUCGUUGCAGCGGCCAGGGUCACAGUUCCAACCAUCAAGUCCGAACUCCUUACGCUUCCCGAAUUGCUCUCGCUUCCGCCUCGCCUCCCUUCACUCUAUGCUGAAGGUGCCCAGCACGCAUAUGACGAUGCGGACGCGGUGGCGAAGUUUGCGCAGAUCGCGGACCUGUACUGGAGGGACGAAGGGAAGGGAUGGGCUCUGGUUGGUCAUCGACGCGGGUUCUGGCAGCACUCUAAGGAACCCGCCCUACAGCACGAGCACGUGUGGUCGCGCGUGGGUCAGUUGCUCAAGGCGAAAGCGUUGCUGCCCAAGACCGCGUUGCGACCUGCUCGGAUACCUCUCAAGGAGGCUCCCCGUCCUCGGUGCUUCAACUUCUUUGGGCUCUCCCGACCUUUUACGAUUCGCAAGCUUCGUCGGCUUGUGAACAAGGUGCGGUUCCCAGGGAGGGAGGACCGUGUCAAGCGUUUCCCUGAUGGGACUUCUCAGAGCGAUAGGAAGCGCUUCUGGAGAUGGCUAUGA